AUGUCCCUCGAAGCGUGCUGCACCUGUGCAACACUCCUCGCCGACGCCAAAGUUCCCUACGACCGCGACUCGGAGAAACCGCUAUUGUACAAUCGCCGCCUCUCGUGCUGCUCCCGCGAAAUCUGCGCGCUGUGCCAGACCAAGAACCCUCGAUUCCAAAACUACUGUCCGUUCUGCCAGAUCUCGUCUGGGCCGUCGGCCCUACCGAAAGAGGGACUCCGGCUCCCGCCCUCGUACUCGAGGAAACCGACAUCGACGAACGCACCCACACCUCGCGUAUCAAGAGACUCGCCACCACCACCACCAUCGCCGCCGCCGCCAUCAUACGACGAAGCCACGCUCCCCUCACACUCGCACCUCCGACAAGGCCGUGAAGCCUCCUCCUCCUCCUCCACCGCAACGACAACCACGAGUGCGAGUACGAGCACGACCAAGUCGCCACCCACCGGGGACGACGACACAGACGACACGAUCCACCACGUCGGGGUCGACGACACUCUCCAGUCCCUCUCCCUGGCGUACAACGUCCCCGUGGCCGUCCUCCGGCGGCACAACAACCUGUACUCGGACCCGCUGCUCGCGGCGCGGAAAUGGGUGCUGAUCCCGCGCAGCCACUACGCCGGGCCGCCGCUCUCGACCCCGCCGGACGCCGAGGAGGAGGCCCGCAAGACGAAGCUGCGCAGGUGGAUGGUCGCGACGAAGUGCGCCGACUACGCCGUCGCCACCCUCUACCUCAAGGGCGCCGACCACGAUCUCGACCUGGCCGUGCAGGCGUUCCGCGCCGACGAGGAGUGGGAGAGGAAUCACCCUCUGGAACCGCGAAGCCCUGGAGGACGGGGUAACGGCGCCAGUGACAAGGGGAAGAACAAAGUCAGCAAAAACAGCAACAACAACAACAACAACAAUAACAACAACAACACUUCGUCACGAGGGACGAGGCGAGUUACGAGUACCUUGUCAGGGCAGUUGUCGUGA